GUGCUUCGUAACCGUCGUUACCUUGACAACGCUGGGCGUAAUUACCUCCAGCUGCUGAGAGCGCGUCGAGCGGCGCGCGGGGCUCACUGCGAGAGACGGACGGCGUAAAUGGGCCCGGCGCCUCGCGCGUGAAGCAUGGGCCCGUCGGAACCGCGCUCAUGGCCAGAUCAGCGAACAGAAGCGCGGGAGACGGAGAGUCGCGCGUGACCGCCUCCACGGAGCGCGGGGAGGCGCGGGACCUGUCAGAGCCCCGGGAGCUGUCUCUGGAGGAGGUGCUGAAGUCCUACGAGCAGCCGGUCAACGAGGAGCAGGCAUGGGCCGUGGUGUACCAGUGCUGCAGCGGGCUGCGGGCCCCGCAGAGCCCGCCGGGGAGGCUGCUCCGGGUGAAGGACCCGUCCUCCCUGCUGCUGUACCGGGACGGAACGGUGGCCCUGAGGCGGAACGAUGAUGCUGAUAAAGCAGCUUUUUCAUCUCCUGCAGAGUGUGAGCUGGUCCAGUCGCUCGGCGUGGCCAUCUACCAAGCUCUGGACUGGGGCCUGGACGACAGCGAGGAGCGGGAGCUCAGCCCGCAGCUGGAGCGCCUCAUCGAGAAAAUGGUGGCCGGGGGCCAGGAGGGGGAGGCCCAGCGCUCCACCAAGAACAGCACAUCGGAUGAGGGGUACAGCGGACAGGAGGAGGAGGAGGAGGAGCAGGAGGGAGCAACGGGACCCCUGAGCACGUUCAGCCAGGUGAUGGCGCUGUGCACGGCUCGCCUCGCCAACCCCAGUGUGGCCCCCGAGCACUACCAGGCCGUCUGCAGGGCGCUGUUUGUGGAGACUCUGGAGCUGCAGACCUUCCUCACCAAGAUCAGAGACGCUAAGGAGAUGCUGAAGAAGAUUUCUACUGAGGAAUCUCCGGGGGACGGCUCUGCGGCCGAGCUGGACGCUCUGAAACACACAGACUGGGCUCGGCUGUGGGUGCAGCUGAUGAAGGAGCUCCGGCAGGGGGUGAAGCUGAAGAAGGUGCAGGAGCAGCCGUUCAAUCCGCUGCCCACCGAGUUCAGCCUCACGCCCUUCGAGAUGCUGAUGCAGGACAUUCGAGCGCGCAACUUCCAGCUCCGCAAAGUCAUGGUGGACGGAGAUAUUCCCACCAGAGUGAAGAGGAACGCUCAUGAACUGAUCCUGGAGUUCAUCAGAUCCAGACCUCCUCUCAAACCUGUGUCGGAGCGCAGCCUCCCCCCUCCGCCCCCACAGAAGCAGUCCCUCCACGACCGGGUUCUGGCCGAGAUCAAGCAGGAGAGGAAGCUCCGCCCCGUGGGUCAACACCGGACCAAACCGUUCGGCUCUCUGCCCUGUCUGGCUCAAACCUGUCCCUGUGAUGUCAAAUCCACGUCCUGCAUCGACCUGUCCGGGCUCGGCCCGCGGCCCCCGGCCCGUCCUCGAGUGCUGCUCAAGGCGCCGACGCUGGCGGAGAUGGAGGAGAUGAGCAUCUCUGAGGAGGAGGAUUCCCCCGACAGCCGGGAGCUGAGGAGGGCCGAGAGUUCCCCCGCCCCCCUGAAGAGAGACCGCUCCUUCUCCGAGCAGGAUCUGGCUUUCCUGCGUGGAGACGGCCCCCAGACGCCAUCCCACUCCUCCCACCUGGGAGAGCCGGUCCGACUGAGAGACAUGAGGCCUCGAUCCCGGACACUGACCGGCGCCGGACCUCCUCCUCGCCACAGAGCCCCGGACGCUGGGGAGCAGCACCAGUGGAUGGAGUUCAGUCAUCCGGUGGAGAGCCUGGCCCUCACGGUGGACGAGGUCAUCAACGUGCGGCGAGUUCUGGUCAAAGCCGAGAUGGAGAAGUUCCUCCAGAGCAAAGAGCUGUACAACAACCUGAGGAGAGGGAAGGUGUGCUGCUGCUGCAAAGUCAAGUUCCCGCUCUUCUCGUGGCCGUCCACAUGCCUGCUGUGCAGACGGUCAGUCUGCAGCUCCUGCAGUGCAAAGAUGAAGAUUCCUUCUAAGAAGAUGGCUCAUAUUCCUGUCUACACUGUGGGCUUCCACAGCACUCCGAAGAAACCCGGACUGCAGAACCAGGUCUACAGGUCUCUGCGGACUCUGUCCCGCCACUCCGUGGAGACGGAGUUCCCUCACCUGUACGCUCAUGGCUGCACGCUGCGGGACGUCUGCGCAGAAUGCACCAAAUUCGUGGCUGACAUCAUUUCCUCCAGCCGCCGCAGCGUGGACAUCCUCUACAACACUCCCAAGAAGGAGACCAAAGCCGCCGCCGCCGCCGCCGCCGCCACCGUGAGGCCGCAGCUGCAGCGUCAGCCACGCCUCGAGGCUUCAAACCCCCCACAACCCCAAUGACUGCAGCUCCACCCACCAGAGGACUCCUGCUGCGACCACGGCGCCCCCAGAGCGGAGCGGCCUACGCGGGUUCAUGUAGAAUCUGAGCGCUGCGUUCAGGUCUGAUGACUGAGCUACGAUAGCAUUUUUUAAAGAACUCUUUUAGACUUUUUAGUGAGAAUGUAGAGACGUGAGUCACGACUGCAUCAAACACUAACGCUCACAGCUCAGCUGACGGCGGGGUCAUCACAGGUCACGGAGCUGCAGCUCUGUUCCGCCUUGUUCUGGCAUGAAUGUAACUUUAGCAGAAAUGUAACAUUAAAGGCUUCUUAUAAACUGCA